GGGUCCUCAAGUCUAGGAAACAACAAUAACAGCAGCUAGCAAGCAGAGUCGAAACGAAUUAUAAUAUAAUUGAAUGCCGUUAAAGUUUAAAUAAAACAUGGAUGAUAGUGAACUAGAGAGGAAAGCAGUGGAUGAGCUCCUUAAAGAAGCUAAUAGAGCAAAAGUCCGUGCUCAGACUAUGGGUCCUGCUGGCUGGAUGAAAUGUCCGCUGGGAAGUACAAACAAGCGCUUUCUGUUGAACACUCUUCGUUCCUCUGCUCUGACGCGUUCUUCUGAGAGAGGAAGGGAUGAACAUAAGUACAACAGAGUUUGUGAAAGACAUCGUAAAACAGACUGUGAAAAGUGCAAUCACAAAAAAGUCGAAUCAAACAGAGGACACAAUUCUCAUUUUCACACUUCAAAAAAAAGCUCUUCGACACGCAAUCAUUCAUCAUCCAGAAGCCACUCCCCCAGCCUCUCCCGGAAGUCAGAUAGGAGUCGAUCUCGCUCACCAGUGCGGGACAGUUCUCCAGAUGUCAAAAAAUACACUGACAGAAAAAAAUGAUUCAACGGAGAAUGUGUUUUGGGAAUGGAUGAAAUAUAUACGUCUGGUCAUGUUUGCUGAACAAUAUUAUUAAAAUAGCAUUUUAAAAACAA